AUGACAAAUAAUCAAUUAUAUAUUUUCUUAUCAUUUGCUACAACAUUAGCAAGUUUUGUAAUUAUUCGAAAUUAUUUUCAACAAAGAAAAAAGAAAAAGCAAGAUGAAGAACAAAAAAAAGAAUAUUUAAAAUGUAAAUCAAUAUUUGAUAUUGAAAAAUUAGCUAAAAAAUUAAUGAAACCACAUCGAUUUUAUUAUUAUGAUUAUAAAGCUGGUCAAGGACAUACAUAUCAAGCAACAAGAGAUUAUUUUGAUAAGCAAUUGCAAAUUCUUCCACGAGUAUUGAUUGAUGUUACUCAAGUUUCAUUAAAAACGAAUAUAUUUGGGUAAGAAUUUAUUUUAAUAUUAUAUUUGAAAAUAAUUAUUUAACAAGAAAUUUUCACUGUAGAACUUACAUACAUAUUUUCGAAAAAAAAAAUAUAAAGAAUGGAAGUUUAAAUCGAAGUUUUUACGGCUCCUCAUUCUCUAGGCCAUAGCAACGGGAAAAUGUACUUCACUAAUUGAAACUUUCUAGAAUCUUCUAAAACAUUCUAUGAAUUUAAGAUUUCUACUGUAAAGUUUAAUUAGUUCAAAUAUUUUAGAUUGUAAUAUUUAAUACAGUGAAAUGAUCUUAUUGUAGAUACUAAUC